AUGCGCGGCCAGAAAUUCCGCCUGAUAUGCAUGCACGCCCUUCGCCUUUACCGUAGCUCCUUGACCGUGCGUCUAGUGCGCUCCACGAGCUCCAGCUGUAGCUGUAGCGUCCGGCCGCACUCUGCUGUGACAAACUUCAGGUCAAAAGAUCCUCUACGCCAAGUGCACACCAACUAUAUGCCAACUUCACAUAUAAACUACUGCGAACGUCUAGUUUGUGGUCAACGCUAUUUAAGGCGGCGGGUGAAAAAAAACGAGGAUGAGACCCUCAAAAAGGCUGUGGAGAGGUACGGUACGAGCAAGUGGGCGCGCGUGGCAUCUCUGCUCCCGCGCAAGUCGAUCAAGCAGUGUAUAGCGCGGUGGUACGAGUGGCUCCAUCCGACCAUCAACCUGGCUGAGUGGAGUCGCGAAGAGGAAGAAAAGCUUCUGCAUCACGCCAAGCUCAUGCCCUUGCAGUGGCAAGCGAUUGCGGAUAUUGUGGGGCGCACAGCAGCGCAGUGUCUAUACCACUAUGAGCGACUACUGGACGCAGCGCAGAAGAAGAACAGCGUGGUCGUGAGCGAUGAUCCGAGACGGCUGCGUCCGGGUGAAAUUGACCCCAGUCAAGAGGGAAGACUAGCGUGGUCGGACCCCGUGGACGUUGACGAAGACAAGAAGGAGGUGCUGUCUGACGCACAGGCUCGAUUGGCGAGUACAAAGGGCAAAAAAGACAAGAUGAAGAAUCAUGAGACGCAGCACGAGGAAGCGCGAGGACUGAAGGUCUUGCCAAAGAAACGAGAUAUCGAGAUGGCGGGCUUGUUGUCGUCAAGUUCAAGUGUGGACAUGAAGAAACGGAAGAUUGAUCGUGCGACCAAGAUCCCGUUUGAGAAGAAAGCGUCAGCUGGAUUAUGUGAUGUGUUGGAGGUAAAACGAUUUGCAAAUAAAAUGGAUGAGAAGUGUGACGAUGUCAAGCAGCAGAAAGUGGAUGACGGAGAAGUGCAAUUUGAACAGCAUUGCAAUUACUGGAAAAAGAACGGAAAAUUUUUCCACGCAACCAAGUCGGCGGGUUCCACUUCCAACAGUGGAGCAUCGAAGAAAGAGUCAGAAGCAUGUCAAGGGUCAAAAAGUCCUGUUGAUGACUUUAAGCUUCAUCCGAGUAACGUCAGAAGCAAUUUUACGGCACCUCCAACUUCAUUUUCUCCUCGAGUUGCAAGAUCAAGAAUACACCGUCACAGUUUUGAUCAUGGGAACUGGCGGGGCGGAUUCCAGUCGUCAGGUGCAAGUAGUCGAGCUUCAUUUUUGGCGUUGAAGACCGAAUGCCGUACGCAUUACGAAGUGCUUGGUAUUGACAAGACAGCGACGAGCGACCAAGUCAAGAGGUCGUACCACAAACUGGCGCGCGUGUAUCAUCCAGAUAAGUCAAAGGUGAUGUCACAUGCUGAUUUGUUUAAGGACAUGACAGCAGCGUACAGCGUGCUUUCCGACAAAAGUGCCCGGGAUGCUCAGUUGUCAGCCAGCCACCUCGCGAAGGUUGCCUGUGGACAACUCGAACCGUGUCUUAAGAGAGACCUCCCUCCCUAG